UUCUAGUUGGUUUGAGAGGGAUUGUAUCAGUUCUCUUCUUUUUUUGUCCUUUCUAUUUCCCAUAUCAUGUUAAUGCCUGAUUGUUUUGAUGUACUCGGUUCAUUAAAUUAAAGGAAUUUAGGUUCAAAGAACAUUCGUUAAGCAGUGGCCAUAUUAGUUAUGCAUUGAGCUUCUUUGUUCAAUAAACUACAUAAUACACCAACUGUAAAGUACACAGCUAAAUUAGGUAACCAUAGAUGUACAUACAUAGAAGCAUAAACAUACAAUUACAUGUACACACAUAGAGAGUGUAUGUCUCAGAUUUUUUCCCCUAGAGAUAACAUAAGAGAUUAGUGCCACUAUAUUUCCUAUAUACAAACAUAUCUGGAUAUAUACACAUAUAUAUAUUGUCUAUAUCGAUUGUCUAGUACGAAUAACAUACAAGAAGCAAAGUAAGUAUCUUCGUACAAUCAUAAAUAAACAUCGCUUUAUUUCAAUUCAUUUCAAUUCCACAUGUUCCCAUAAUUAUAUAGCUAUGUACUCUUCUUUUAGCAAAAAAAGUAGUGUUCAUUUGGCCCAGACCACAUUUUUUUAAUCCUAAACAUUUUAGAUUUGCCAUACGUGCAAUCGAUCUUAUAUGACGUACAUAAACAUUUACACACAACACUUUUAAAAAUAAGAGAGAUCAUUCUAGAUUUUUUUUGGUUUGUUUGAAAUAUGGCCAAUCCAUAUCAAUCUUGUGUACAAGACUAUCCUAUGUUUCAUAUAGAAGGAAGAAUCUUUGAGAGGGCAGAUAGAGGGAUUUAGGCUAUCUUCAACAACUUUUUUAUUUUCAAUUUCAAUUUGUAAAUAGUGUUAUGUACAGUGUUAUUUACAUUGACGUGUGUCCCUGUUUUACACUAAAAAACAGCCUUAUUAAAUAGAAACACCGCAUUGGGUUGCAAGCUCACAUGCGAGUCGGGAAGAGGCCUACUGGUCAGCGACACAGCGCCAUCAGACAGGAUUUGGCAGUGGAGAACGUGUGAAAACAAAGACCGACACGCGAGGUCAAAGUCGUCGUCUCGCUCGAGGCCGACCACCACCACCUUGUUUUUACCCAGCCCACAUUAUUAAUUAACGGAACGUACAGUACCAGUCUCACACUCUCACUCUCCUCUGUUCUGCUCUGCUCUGCUGGAGGCUGGAGCUGCCUCUCUCGUCCCCACUUCUUGCGGCAGCGGGGAGCGGGCAGCAGCGCCGGCGAGUGACACUACUGUCUACUGCCCUCCAGCUCUCACCCGGCCAGUCUCUCCAGGUUCGGUUCCCCCCCCCCCCCCCCCCCCCCCCCCCCCCCCCCCCCCCCAACUUGGGCCGGGGCCCCCCCUCCCUGUUGCUUUCUCUGCUGGGUAGCUUCGCACUUGCUUCCCCCACCCCCCAUGGCCCCAUCUAGCCAUCUCCAUCACCACCACCAUUCCAUUCCCAUUCUCCUCCCCAUGCUCGCCCGUGCCGACGCCGACGCCGGCUCUGCCCCCACAAAGCGUACACAAACCUUCCUCUGAGCCACAACCACCCACGGCUCCAUAGAUCUGCCAUGGCUGCCAGUGCCUCCUUCCUCCCCAUCCUGCUCCUCCUCCUGCUCCUUGCCAAUGCCGUCCGCGCGCUCAACCAGGACGGCGUCCACCUGCUCGAAGCCAAGCGCGCGCUCACCGUCCCGCCGGGCGCGCUCGCCGACUGGAACCCGCGCGACGCCACGCCCUGCGCCUGGACGGGCGUCACCUGCGACGACGCCGGCGCCGUCACCGCCGUCUCCCUCCCCAACCUCAACCUCACGGGCUCCUUCCCUGCCGCCGCGCUCUGCCGCCUCCCGCGCCUGCGCUCCGUCGAUCUCAACACCAACUACAUCGGCCCGGACCUCGAUCCCGCCCCCGCCGCGCUCGCACGCUGCGCCUCCCUCCAGCGCCUCGACCUCUCCAUGAACGCGCUCGUCGGCCCGCUCCCCGACGCGCUCGCCGACCUCCCGGAUCUCCUCUACCUCAACCUCGACAGCAACAACUUCUCCGGACCCAUCCCGGACUCCUUCGCCCGCUUCAGGAAGCUCCAGUCGCUCUCCCUCGUCUACAACCUGCUCGGCGGCGGGGUCCCGCCCUUCCUCGGAGCAGUCGCCACGCUCCUGGAGCUCAACCUCUCCUACAACCCCUUCGCGCCGGGACCCGUGCCGGCCACGCUCGGCGGCCUCUCCGACCUGCGCGUGCUCUGGCUCGCCGGCUGCAACCUCAUCGGCCCCAUCCCGCCGUCCCUCGGCCGUCUCGCCAACCUCACAAACCUGGACCUGUCCACCAACGGCCUCACCGGCCCGAUACCGCCGGAGAUCACGGGCCUCGCCAGCGCGCUCCAGAUCGAGCUCUACAACAACUCGCUCACGGGACCCAUCCCCAGGGGAUUCGGCAACCUCAAGGAGCUGAGGGCCAUCGAUCUAGCCAUGAACCGCCUCGACGGAGCCAUCCCGGAGGACCUCUUCCACGCGCCCAGGCUGGAGACCGUGCACCUCUACUCCAACAAGCUCACGGGCCCCGUGCCGGACUCGGUGGCCAGGGCGCCCUCGCUCGUCGAGCUCCGCCUCUUCGCAAACAGCCUCAACGGCGCGCUGCCCGCCGACCUCGGCAAGAACGCGCCGCUCGUGUGCCUCGACGUUUCCGACAACUCCAUCUCCGGCGAGAUCCCCCGGGGUGUAUGCGACCGCGGCGAGCUUGAGGAGCUGCUCAUGCUCGACAACCACCUGUCGGGACACAUCCCCGAGGGGCUCGCCCGCUGCCGGAGGCUGCGCCGGGUGCGCCUCUCCAGCAACAGGAUCGCCGGGGACGUGCCCGACGCCGUCUGGGGCCUGCCGCACAUGUCGCUUCUCGAGCUCAACGACAACCAGCUCACGGGAGAGAUCUCCCCGGCAAUCGCCGGCGCCGCCAACCUGACCAAACUAGUGCUGUCCAACAACCGGCUGACCGGGAGCAUCCCGUCGGAGAUCGGGUCGGUGUCCAACCUUUACGAGCUGUCGGCCGACGGCAACAUGCUGUCUGGCCCGCUGCCGGGCUCUCUUGGCGGCUUAGCUGAGCUGGGCCGCCUUGUGUUGCGGAACAAUUCGCUGUCUGGGCAGUUGCUCCAGGGGAUCCAAAUCCAGUCGUGGAAGAAGCUGAGCGAGCUCAGCCUCGCGGACAAUGGCUUCACCGGAUCCAUACCGCCGGAGCUCGGUGACCUGCCGGUGCUCAACUACCUUGACCUCUCCGGCAACGAGCUUAGCGGCGAGGUGCCGAUGCAGCUGGAGAACCUGAAGCUGAACCAGUUCAAUGUGUCCAACAACCAGCUGCGUGGCCCGCUGCCGCCGCAGUAUGCCACGGAGACGUACCGCAGCAGCUUCUUGGGCAACCCUGGGCUUUGUGGAGAGAUCGCCGGUCUAUGUGCCGACUCGGAGGGGGGAAGGCUGUCAAGAAGGUACCGUGGCUCAGGCUUUGCCUGGAUGAUGCGCUCCAUCUUCAUGUUUGCAGCUGCCAUCCUGGUCGCCGGAGUGGCGUGGUUCUACUGGCGGUACCGGAGCUUCAGCAAAUCGAAGCUGCGCGUGGACCGCUCGAAAUGGACAUUGACGUCUUUCCACAAGCUCUCAUUCAGCGAGUACGAGAUCCUUGAUUGCCUGGACGAGGACAACGUGAUUGGCAGCGGCGCGUCCGGGAAGGUGUACAAGGCCGUGCUGAGCAACGGCGAGGUGGUGGCGGUGAAGAAGCUGUGGAGCACGGCGGUGAAGAAGGAGGAGGGCUCUGCAUCUGCAUCUGCUGCCGACAACAGCUUUGAGGCGGAGGUGAGGACGCUGGGCAAGAUUCGGCACAAGAACAUCGUGAAGCUGUGGUGCUGCUGCAGCUGCCGGGACUGCAAGCUGCUGGUGUAUGAGUACAUGGCGAACGGCAGCCUGGGGGACGUGCUGCACAGCAGCAAGGCGGGGUUGCUGGACUGGGCGACGCGGUACAAGGUUGCGCUGGAUGCGGCGGAGGGGCUGUCCUACCUCCACCACGACAGCGUGCCGGCGAUCGUCCACCGGGACGUGAAGUCGAACAACAUCCUCCUGGAUGCGGAGUUCAGUGCCCGUGUGGCGGACUUCGGGGUGGCCAAGGUGGUGGAGGGGGGGACCACCGCCAUGUCGGUGAUCGCCGGCUCGUGCGGUUACAUUGCGCCUGAGUAUGCAUACACGCUUCGUGUGACCGAGAAGAGCGACACCUACAGCUUUGGCGUGGUGCUGCUGGAGCUGGUGACGGGGAAGCCGCCGGUGGAUGUGGAGCUGUUCGGGGAGAAGGACCUGGUGAAGUGGGUGUGCAGCACGAUGGAGCACGAGGGCGUGGAGCACGUCCUGGACAGCAGGCUGGACAUGGGUUUCAAGGAGGAGAUGGUCCGGGUGCUCCACAUCGGGCUCCUGUGCGCGAGCUCGCUGCCGAUCAACCGGCCGGCGAUGCGGAGGGUGGUGAAGAUGCUGCAGGAGGUGCGCGCUCCGCCGGCGCGGGUGGUGGUGGACAGGGACGGGAAGCUGUCGCCGUACUACUACUACGAGGACGCGUCGUCGGAGCAAGGGAGCAGCUAGCGUGUAAUUGUCUUGCAUGGCAUUGAUUCCGGGCGGUAGGGUGGACGAAACAACAGCUAAUUGAUGACUUGCAUGGCCCUUGGUUGGUUGCAUUGCAUUGCAUUUGCUUUGCUAGCUACCAAUUCACAGCAUCAGAGAUGAACUGAUGCAAGCAUUCUACGAGCCUGUUCUUCUAAUGCUUCUAUGUUAUUUUGUCAUUAUAAAUUAGUCCGAAAAGCUAGCUUGACUUUAAUCUGAA